CUUAGUUCACGGGCAUGAACUAAAAGCACCGACAGUGAACCAACGAUGAAAAACGCCGCAUCACUAAACUUUGUUCCCGGAUGGAGGUCUGAGUUCAUGAUCUUACGACCGUGAACUGGCUAGUGUCCAGUGCAAACCCUUUUGUACUCUAGAUGUCUGCAGUUUGCGAGGAGCGCCUCCAGUUCACGGUCUUAGUGAUCGUGAACUCGCAACCCAAACCGUGAAGUGGUGUUUUUUCCACCAUUUGACUUGAUCUUUUGCCCUUUCAUCCAACUUUCGACUCCGGGGUUGGUUCUCCCUGUCAAAGCCUGAAACAUACCAAAACAAGGCACAACCCGACGUAAAACCAAACCUCUCGGAGUAAAAAUGCGUCAAACGACUAGCAAACCGGGGGUAAAAAGUGUACAAAUGAGCCCGAAUCACUCCCCCACACUUAGACAUUCGCUUGUCCCCAAGCAAACCAUUUUCAAUCAAGGUAAUAUCUCAAACUAACAAGAUGACUUGGGAAAAAAUUAAAAGGCACAAAGUGGUGAAUCUCAAUGACUAUAUGGGCAUCAACACAUGAACCGCCUCAACAAUACCGGAAUCCACCACAAACGACAUUCUAUUGCAUCAAGAAUGGGAAAAUGAAAAGUUCUCACCCUGUUCACAAAUCAAUGCAAGUCUCGACCGAACUACUCACCAACCACAACUAACCAUGCAUAGAACUCAAUUCCAAGGAACAGACAACGGGGCGACAUAGGUCCUCACCGAGGUAAGAUAUGAGCAUGCAAAACAAGAAUGAAUCACUCACUCUCGACCAGUGGGGUCGGGAAAUUUUUUUUCUGCAAAAGAUGUGCACAAUCAUCAACACACAACCCUAUCGUCUCUCCACUGCGGCGGCAACCUCUAAAUACUAUAGUUCACAGGAUGGUUGUCAUCACUAGCUUGUCCAGAGGUCUUAGACACGGGUUCAAAUGACUGGCCAUUGUCUUGGACAUGGGGAAACGACUUUGUGGGUGGUGACAAACAUGGCAUGAGGUCCUACAUCUUGAACCUAAAAUCCAAGGUUCUAUGGUCUCGACUAAGAACCUUUCCUACAAACAAAGGCCACUAGCAUCGGCCAAAAACCACACUUCCCUUAUUCCAAUGACUACUAAUCAGAAACUACAUUCAAGCACACUUCUCCGGCCUAUCUUGCUAUCCACAUUUCGAACCUAGUAGUGAAGGAUGUCAUCAAACAAUGUAGGUGUUUCAAUGGCUUGAGUGCCAAGAAACCCUUUAUAGAGCAUACACUUAGACUUUUGUGGCCACUCUCUUCAUUUAUUUACCUCGUUUUAUUACCUCUUUUUGUUUAUUUUCUUUCUUUUUGCCCUUUCCUUCUUUUUCUCUUUUUUUCCGAGGGGGGUACUAGAGAGCUAAACACAUGCCACUUUUUUCAUUUAACGAACUGUGUUCUCCAUUUAAGAAAUUUCCCCCAAUACUACCUUCUCAUUUCUUGCAAGAACCGUGCAAAACCACCUAUGUAGAACCUCAAUGCAGCUUAAAAGGUAGAACUCUGAGACACAAGGUUAACUCACACUUUGACACGAAGAAAGGAUGGGUGGGGGUCAUUCUUUCAAUCACCAUUAAGCUCAACAAGCAUGAAGCUCCUACCAUUAGAAUGACCCCCAAAGUCACACGGGUCAAAGGGGUUGACUAGGGGAUAAAAUGUUUCGGGACUAUCAACUUUUGGGCAUGGACUAAUCCUAUGCCUCCAUCAUACUCACUAGUGACAACGGUGAAUGUUACACACCAUGGCGAGAGGGAUCUAUCAUACAUGAAGAAAAAAAUGAUCGGCACAAAACUCAAAUGGCGACCUAGCCACCUAACCAUCUACUCCAAUUCAAAAAAUUCCAAGCAUGGCAAUUAUAAUCAAGAAGUAACCAAGUCAAGACAUCCAUUCAUUCAAGAACACAUGAGAACUAAACUUUUGCACAACCCUAAUGUAUUGUCAAUCAUCAUAAUAGGAUGCACUCGAUUACAUGUAACAAUUCAAGAUUGAUGCCAAAUAAGGACGAGAUUCACCCACCAACUGGCCUUUUUGAUCAUGCAUAUCUUGGAGGCCUCAAAGUUUUCAAAUUUUGGAAUACAAUAAGGCUCCAACCAUUCACUCACAUGCAUAAUAGUAAACUACCCCUACCCCCCCCCCCCCCCCCCCCCCCCCCACAACACACACACUUAAGCACAACAUUGCCCUCAAUGGCGUAAAAUAUGGGGUAGAACGAUGCCGCAUGACUUGAAUGACAGUUUGAGAAAUUCCUGGGGUAGGAUGUUGGAGUUUCAAGGGAGAAACAAAAAACAAAGCACAAACACAACACAUUCUCGCUCGAGGAGAGGUUUACACAUAACAAGGGUUCACAAUACGAUUCAACAUAAAUAACUCACAAGGUACUAGUUCACACACAACUUAAGGAGAAAAUAAAAAUAAAAAUAAAAAGAGUUCAGAGUUUGCAAGUGGAGAAGUGGGGCGAAUGAAAUGGGGUCUGGCACGUGUCUCCCUCGAUGGCUACCUCGUCGUGGCAGGCCCACUCCUCGUCAUCGGAGAGGACACCCUAGCGGCGAGCCAUCCUCUCUACCAGAUCGGCAGUGCGGUCAAGGCGAGUGGUGACCCCCACAUAAUGUGCAUCGAGGAGAUCCACUCUCUCUUCGAGGUGUGGUCCGUAGGUAGAGGGUCCCAAAUGCAUCGUGUUCACCCGGUCCCGACCCUCGCAUCGAGAAAAGGUGGUAGCAACCACAAAUCCCUGAUGAAGCGGAUCAGAUGACUUGUUUAAUGAAUUGGGGGCUAUCAACCCUUUAUUUGUGUUCCAAUUUCCAGCCAGUAGGUUGGGGAUGACGGACUUCAUCAGGAGGGUGUGCAUGAUCCUCCAUGGUGUCAUGAGCUUCACAGUAUUAGUGACAGAGCCUCUGUAGUCGUCUCCCUGGUGCUCGGUGCGACAGAUGGCAUGGAAGGCCGCCUGGUAGUGGAAGUCGGUGAUGUAUUGUCGCUCUGUCGCUCUGUCAUCGUCAUGUACAACAAAUUCGGCCUAUUAGGACAAAUUUAUUUUUUUUGUCAUUUUCCUUUUGUCAUAAUAGAUCAUAUAAUAUGACAAAAUGUAUAAAUGUCACAUUUGGUA